UCAUUUAACUCUACUUGCAGCCAAACAGUCCCUAAUCCCUACGCGACCUCAUACGUCACCACGCUAAGAAGAAUCCGAUCCCCUUCUUCAAAUCUACAAGCCCUAAAUUCCCUUUUGCUGCCCUAGGUUUAGUGUUUACUGCUUUCCUCCUUUGUCCGCCAUGCCGAAGAACAAAGGAAAAGGAGGUAAGAAUCGCAAGAGGGGAAAGAACGAGGCCGACGACGAGAAACGCGAGCUUGUCUUCAAGGAGGACGGUCAGGAGUACGCCCAGGUUCUUCGCAUGCUCGGCAACGGGAGGUGCGAGGCCAUGUGCAUCGACGGCACCAAGCGGCUGUGCCAUAUCCGGGGGAAGAUGCACAAGAAAGUCUGGAUCGCUGCCGGAGACAUCGUUCUCGUCGGCCUGCGUGACUACCAGGACGACAAGGCCGACGUCAUUCUUAAAUACAUGCCUGAUGAGGCCCGUCUCCUGAAGGCCUACGGUGAGCUCCCUGAGAGCACUCGCCUCAACGAGGGGAUCGCAGGCGGCCUCGAUGAGGAGGACGAGGGCGCUGGGGACGACUACAUCGAGUUUGAAGACGAGGACAUUGAUAAGAUCUAGAUGUGCUCUGCUCGCAAUUUGAGAAAUUUUCUCGUAUCUUUUUAUUUAUUUAAUAAUCGCCUGUGGUUUCUCUUUGACCGUAAUUAAAGUCUAUAUGAUUUUCUUUUCUCUGGUAAGGGAUGCAUGAGGCCUUCUGAUAAUCAGGAUUCUGAAAUUUGGCGUGUUGGUCAAGUUAUCGAAGCUGGGUACAGAUGCCAUACUUAUGCUCUAUGUUUUGCUGAUGCUGUUUAUGUUUAGUUUAAUUGAUCUUAUGAACAUUGUACUUUGGGUUUUAUAAUGUUCUGUUAUACCGAACUAACAACUGUUCGAUUGGCUA